CUGGCAAAAGCUGACCCGACCCGACAACCCGACCCGAACCCAACCCGAAAUAAAUGGGUUUUGAUAGAGAUUUUCAACCCGUUUAUGUAAUUGGGUCAACCCGAACCCGACCUGAAGUUAAAUGGGUCGGGUUCAGGUUGAAAAUCCCAACCCGAAACCAACCCGCAUAAACUCGUUUAUUUAAUUGGGUCGGUUUCAGGUCGGGUCAACCCGAACCCAACCCGCUUAACUUAAAACCCUAAUUUUAAAAUAUGGGCCAAGCCCAAAUUAUCUAACCCUAAUUCCCUCUUUCUCUCGCCGCUUUCUUUCACUCAAACUCUCUCUCUUCUCAGUUUCUCUCUCUUCUCUCCUCUCUUUUCUCUCUCUAACUCUUGAAGAUUGAAAUAAAAAUGCUUGAACCUUGAAGAUUGAAGCUUCAUCUCAAACAUUCUGAAGAUGGCUAAUAGCCCUAAUCCUGAUGAACCCAUUGAUCUUCCGGAUUCUGAUUCAGAUGAUGAAGUUUCUGAUUCUCAUCAAACGGAAUCAAAGAAGAAAACCUCUAAUGUCACCUCGCUGAAUAAGCCUGGAAUUCAUUUCAAGCGCCAACGAAAGCUCACUUCAGAUGUGUGGGCAAAUUUUGAAUUCCUUGAUAAACCUGACGAACAAGGUAACAUCAUUUGCAAGUGUAAAAAAUGUGGGCAGAAAUAUAAUGCUGAAAGUAGGCAAGGAACUGGUAAUUUAAAACGCCACAUUAAGAAAUGUAAAAAAAGGACCUUUAAAGAUGUGGGUCAGAUGAUUAUUGAUUCAAGCAGUUCUGGUUCUAUGAUGAAUAGGGUUCCUACAAUUGAUUAUGAUAUUGUUCGUGAGAUGUUGUCUAUUGCUGUGGUGAAACAUUAUUUGCCUUUUCAGUUUGCUGAAUAUAGUGUUGUUAGGAAGUUGAUUAAUUACAUAAAUCCUGAUGUUAAACUUGUGUCUCGAAAUGCAAGAUGGAUCCGCAAUUGCAAGAUUUAUGUGGAAAAAUCAUGGCCAUGA